AUGUCUAGACCAGAUUUAAGAGAUAUCACAAAUUCCGAUCUCUUUGCCGAAGUAAAGCGCAGAUUUGAGUGUUCAUUCAAGCCCCAAAAAAGAGUUAUCAUUACUGGCCCACCAGGCUCAGGGAAAUGGACUCAAGCAUCUAAAUUAAGUGAGGAAAAUUGCUGAUGCCAUUUAGCUGUAAGAGGCCCUUUAUCAAAUGUUCGUGAAAAUGCUGGAUCAGAAGGAAUCGAUUCGAUUGACACACUUAAAGCAAAAUUAAAAGAUCCGCAAUGUAGCAGGGGAGCAGUCAUUGAUGGGUUUCCCCGAACUCCUUUGGAAGCUCAAGAGCUUGAUGCGUUCCUUGAAGAGAAUGGUAUGAAAAUUGAUAAAGUUAUUGAGCUGAACGCGACUGAUAAUAUUCUUGCUGAAAGAAUUACAGGAAAAAGAGUUCAUUUGCCAAGCAAUAGAAGAUAUCAUGUUAAGUUUAAUCCCCCUAAAGCACCUGAAGUAGAUGAUGUUACUGGAGAGCCUUUGGUUCAAAGAGAUGUGGAUAAUCUAGAAACUUUAAAUAAAAGACUUGAGGAAUACAAAGAAAACACAGUAAAUGCAAUGAGCUAUUAUACAAGCAAAGGAAUUUUAGCAAAUAUUAACGCCAAUCAAAGUUUUGAAAAUGUUUGGGAAGAUAUUUUACAAAAUUUGAAAUAA